UCCAUUCCAUGAAGUCCUCAUUUGCUUGGGGGUGCAGAUGAACUGCAGUAUAUUAAUAGGAGGCUAUAGGUGUCCAGAUCUCUUUCACUCUCACAGGCUUUUACGCGGACACAUCGGACACGGACCUUUAACCAGCUCUCUGUACAUGCGCUAAUACUGUCAUCAACUCCAUAUCCGACACCACCAUGGAGGUACUGGACGCCCUAAAUCUGGGCGAAUUUGCCCAAUAUUUCUCAAAAAUAGCGAUGUUUCCUAUUUUUGAUCUGGCCUAUUACAUCGUGUCCAUACUCUACCUCAAGUAUGAGCCAGGCUCAGUGGAGGUGUCCCGAAGAAGCCCUGUGGCCUCUUGGCUCUGCGCAAUGCUCUACUGCUUUGGGAGCUACAUCUUAGCAGACAUCAUGCUCGGACACAGCCCCAUCGACUAUUUCCAUAAUAACAGCCACAUCCUUCUGGCCUCAGCUGUAUGGUAUCUCAUCUUCUACUGCCCGCUUAACUUGUUCUACAAAUGUGUCGCAUUCCUGCCCAUUAAACUCGUACUAGUAGGUAUGAAGGAAGUUGUUCGCACUCGCAAAAUCGCUGCUGGAGUCCAUCACGCACAUCAUGCCUACCACCAUGGCUAUUUUAUCAUGAUCAUCACUGGUUAUGUCAAGGGAUCUGGAGUAGCUCUCAUGUCAAAUUUUGAGCAACUGUUGCGUGGAGUGUGGAGACCAGAGACCAAUGAAAUUCUCAACAUGUCAUUCCCUACUAAAGCCAGUCUGUAUGGAGCCAUUCUGUUUACACUCCAGGAGGCACACUGGCUUCCUGUGUCUAAGAGCACCCUCAUCUGCAUCUUCACUCUUUUCAUGGCUACUUCUAAGGUGUUCAUGACAGCUCGCCACUCUCACGGAUCUCCCUUUACUCUCAUCGAGUCCUGGGUUUCCCACUUGCUCUUCGGAUCUCCUCUCGCUGUUGAAGACGCUCAUAAUCACCACCACACUGCCCCAGCUGCUGCCUCUGCCCCUGCCUCUCCAGCCAAAACCAAAGAGGAAUUGAGCGAAGGCACUCGCAAGAGAAAAGCCAAGAAAGCGGAGUAGACACACAUCUACACCACCAACAACUACUAUCUGCUCUCCGGCCAUUUUUUUUUUGAUACCUGGUUUAUAAUCUUCCCUUAUUGGAAAGAUAGUAUUUUGGUGUUCACUAAUUAACGUUCAUUUUUUAAUGGUGCUUUCAAUAACAGAUACUUUGUAGGGACUCUGUAAAUAGUUCACCAGUAAUUUUCAUCCUUCCUGUUAAUAUAUAGUGUAUAUCUCUAUUUAUUAUGUACAUUGUAGUCGUUCAGUGGUGCUCUGUUGUCCUGUCAGUGGUGAACUAUCUUAUAGACAGAAGAAACAUCUUUGGAUUAUUAAGCCCAUACAGAUCAACAUGUGGAUUCUGAUUGAAGCAGAUUACACACUUUAUAUCACAUUGCAUUUGAAAGUACAUCAUUUUCUGAAGUAAAUAUAUUUUCCAAUCACAUCUAUUUCUGCGUAAUUACAUGCUACUGAGAAGCAAGAGGUCUUUCAGCAUGUUUAGAAAAGUAGCAUAUGAUCCUGUUGUAUGAAAUUAGUUACAGACCCAAAAUUCAGGAAGUUUUAUUGUCAGUUUGUUUAAAUGCAAUAUUUAUCUGUUAUCCUGGAUGAAACAUAUAAACCUGAAAAUGACAACUGUUUGUGUUAGGCGUAAAGCUCGAUAUGGGUUCAUGGUUUCACUGUGAAUGUAGCUGUUUACACACCAAGAGCUCAAUAAUUGGUGUGCCGUUUGUACACUCUCCACCAGCAAUGUCUAAAAUGCAAGAAGUCAUCUUACUGUAUUAACAAAGACACAAUGUCACCAGAUCUUCAUCAGUCAAACCAAAUCUUCAAGCAGCUCACAGCUAACACUCUAAAACUGAUUGUUAAAAGGCAUAAUGUGACCGACUGAACGAAAGAACUACAAAGAUGCGUUAAAUGAAAUCCCUGAAAUAAAAUACAAAGAUAGGACUUUAACUUUU